GGGAGGGAGCCGAGGGGCGCUUUGUUACGAGGAGCCAGCGGGGCCGCAGGGUGGGGUUGUCCCCGCCGCCGGCGCCCGUCCCCGCGGGCGCUGGGUGACAGCGGCCGCCCGCCCGCCGAGCACCCCCCGCCGCCGCGGCUGAUGCGCCCGCACCGCGCCGCAGCCUCCGCGCCCGCCCGGCGGGGAGCCGCCGCCUUUGUGGAGCCUGGACCUGCUCUCCUUUCUCCUUCGAGCAGAAGAGGAGCUAGCGAGGAGACUUAAAAAAACCCCACCAAGCUCGAGUUAAUGUUUGAGAAGUUCGGGUGCGGGAGAGUCUGGAAUUUUGGCUUCUUGGAGAAUCAGUAGAAAAUGCAAAACGAAAUAAUAAAGCCUGCUAAAUACUUCUCAGAAGUGGAGAAGAGUGUGCUGCUUGCCUUAGUUGAAAAAUACAAAUACGUGCUUGAAUGUAAAAAAAGCGAUGCAAGAACUAUUGCUCUGAAACAACGCACCUGGCAAGCACUAGCUCAUGAAUAUAAUUCACAGCCCAGUGUAUCACUGCGAGACUUCAAACAAUUAAAGAAAUGCUGGGAAAAUAUCAAGGCACGGACAAAAAAGAUAAUGGCACAUGAAAGGCGGGAGAAGGUAAAAAGAAGUAUUAGCCCACUUAUAAAUACUCACAUCGUAGGGAAAGAGAAGAUUGCUGGCAUAAUGCCUGAGCAAAUGUACUUUUUGCAGAGCCCACCAGAAGAAGACUCUGAAUAUCAGCCUGAUGCUUCUAGUCAAGAGUCGUUUGUUGUGUCAAACAGAGAACUUUGUGAUGAAGACAAAGAGAUGGUACAUUUUCCAGUAUGUGAAGGUACCUCCCAGCCUGAGCCUUCAUGUUCUGAUAUCAGAAUAGCAGCAGAUAAGAACUACAGAAGUAAAGCAUCUCAGGAGAGUGCUCUGAAAAAGAUGCAUGAGGAAGAGCAUCAUCAGCAAAUGUCAAUUUUGCAACUCCAGUUAAUCCAAAUGAAUGAAGUCCAUGUGGCAAAGAUACAGCAAAUAGAAAGAGAGUGUGAGAUGGCUGAAGAAGAGCACAGGAUAAAAAUGGAAGUGCUAAAUAAAAAGAAAAUGUAUUGGGAGAGAAAACUGCAGACCAUUACAAAAGAAUGGCCUGUAUCAUCCUAUAACAGACCCUUUCCUAAUUCACCUUAGAACACAGAAGGGCAGAGGCAGUCUGAUUUAGCACAUUUAUGAGUAACAAGCACUGGAGAGAGGGUUUUCUACUGUGAAUGUACAGUGACAGGAUAGGUGCCUGGCUGAUAGUGAACACACUAUGACUCUUAAUGUUUAGGGAAACAAGAGGAAAACUCUAUUGUUCAUUUGUAGGUAGUUCUGAUUUGUUUAACUCACAGACAUGCACAGUGUUCUAGAAUGUGAACGUAUUUUCCUCUCUCAGAACACCCUUGAUCCUUGUCAAAUUUAAGGUACUCUGGGUGUUCUUACAUUGGGUGUUCAUAAGAAAACUUAACAGCUUUAAACACCAGGCUGUAGUGUUUGUUUUCAUUUCUAUCUCUUCCUAUCUACCAUUUCCCAAAUAGAGGCAAGGUUUGGAGUUGCUCUCUCCUAUUGAGACAAAAGGUAAUUGACAGCUAUUAGUUGGAUCAUUAUGCUGAGGUUUAGGGAAAAUAAACUAGUUAAUACAGUCCAUAACUUACUCUUCAUAGAAGAUGUGAAAAUGAAUGAUGUAGCAAGAGGGCCACUGUAGUAACAGCCCUCUCCUUCUGAAGAACAGUAAUAUUUCCCAGCUGGCUGGCUGACUGAGAGAAUGGUUGUGGAAUGGCCCUCCUUGUUUGAGCUCUGACACUUGAGAAGUUAAAAAGAAAGUCACUUUUUCCUCAAAAGCCACUGUGCUUGUUCUGUCAUUCCCAGGCCCAUCUUGUAUUGAAAGAGAAUACCCAUCAGAAUACCCAAACAGGAGGGUCAAAUGCUGCUGCCACUGUGUGCUGCACUGUGUGCUGUUCACCUGAAGUCAUUCUGAGGAGAAGAGCUUUUUAAGGAUUCAUAAAGCUCUCAAAAUGCAGUGAGCCAGCCAGUCCAUUGGCAAAGUCUCCCUGUAUUUUCCUAUGCAAUACUUGAUGGUGUAGCAGCUAUCUUGAUUAUUUCUCCUUAGCUAGAAGAAAAUACUAAGACUCACCCUCUUUUCCUUCUGAUAGGGUGGGAAGCAGUUCAAGGGAAUCAUUCCUGUCUUGAAGCACUGUUCUGUUCUGUUUUGUUAUGUCCUGUGUGUUAUGGUGGUGUGUUUCUUGCCUUUGCUGUCAGUGAGGGGUGAUGGACAUGAUUUGAAUGAAGGCAUUCACAUGAAGGUCCCCACAAAUUUUGGAUGUCCAGAAUAGUAGAUAGUAGGAAAGCACAAAUAAAGAUAAUCUUUACCCUGGCAAUCAUUUAUUCUAGUGGGGCAAGAGCUAAGAAAAUGCAGAACCCCUUUAGGAUUCAUAAGAACUUCCGGUGUGUGAAAACCUGCUUUACAGGAAGGUGUACAACCAUCAUUUGAAGUAGUGAGAAAAAUGGACAAAACCAUACAUUUUCAUUGAAAAAUAUGAGUAUCACAUUAUUCAAUAAAGUAUUUUCAGAUCAUGACUCCUGAGGGCAAGUCCAUACUGUGAGCAAUGUAUUCAAAGCAGAGUAUGUUACAAGGCAUGCAUUCCCAGUUACACUCCUAUCUCUUUCCCUGGAUAUCCUUCCUGGUGGAGCGAGUUCCUUUUGGUUUUGUUUUGGAUUGAGUAGGGUUUUGUGUGUGUGUGUGUGUGUUUUGACCUGCUUUCACUGCUGGUGAUUCAUCUUUGUGAGCACUGCCUUUAUCAGCCGCAGGAUUCGCUGUGGUUAACAGUGUGGUACCUGCGCUACUUUCUUAAAUGUGCUAAAACCAGCAAUCACAAUGGGAGCUAUUUAUUACAACUCAUUUUAUAUGACAGAGAAAAACAAUAUGCUGGGCUGCUGCAAGAUAAAAAUAUAGGGCCUGGGUGGAAUCUGAAGACAGAUCUUUUUGACUACAAACUCCAUGUUCUUAUAAAUAGGCUGUGUGAAGAAAGUGCAGGAAUUCCAAAGAAGGAUAUUGUUAUGGGCACUUUUUCUGCUGAACAAAAACACUUUUGGAAGGUGUAGUAACAGUUGAGGCAAAAGAAAAGUAAACAGAAGUGAGGACCUUACUGUUCUGAGAUUGCAUUCUGUGGUCUGGAAGAUGAGUCAGUUAUUUGACUGGUUGUGACAAUUGUUCAGGCCAUCCAGAAGAAAAGGACAGGAAAGAAAUUUGUCUUAACCUGCACUCCUUCUAAGUGAGAGUAAAUGGAAACCAGGUGUUAGAAGGUAAUGAAUGGAGACAAUUUCAGCACUGUGAAGAGGGUAAGAAUAGAGACAAUCCGGGUCUAGACAGCCCUGUGAAAAUUAUGAAAUAGUUAGAGAGGAUAUCACAAAAUGUGAGAUAAGGAUAGCUUGAACUCCUGGAAGUUAUACAAUUGCUCAUGAAGGAUGGUUUUAUUUUUAUAUUUAAAAAUCCUUUAAAGUAAGCUUGUUUUCAAACUGUACUAAGUGGAAAAUGCCUUGCUUCUUGGUGUAUUUUCUUAUUCUGAGACAAAAAGUUACAGUCCCUAGGCUGAACAACUGACCCUUUUAAUUCAGGUUCUAUUUUAAACAAGGAAGAUCAUAAGAGAAAUAUUAGAAAGGGCCAAGAUGAAGGUAUGAAAGAAAGAAUGAUCAUUACAUGCAGAGAGGAAGAAUGGGAAUGUUACACCUAACAUAAAUUAUACAAGAUGGUUUUGUGGUACAGGCUAUAGAUGGUUCACAGGUGACACAGGCUCUUGCCUUCCUAUUUAUAGUUGACUGUUGGUUGCUGUAAAAUUGGGUGAUAAACACAGAAAAAUUUAAAAUAUCAACAGGAAGAAGUAAGUAUCUCCUUGCCAGGCUUUGGCUUUAUAAAGUGAUCAAUGUGAUGGAAUUGAAAUUACUCAAGAAAUUACUUUUGCCUUUGCUGUUGUUGUUGUUUUUGUUGCAAUUACUCCCUCUGGUAGUAGAUUUUAUCUUUUCUUGUGUUUGACUUUUCAUAUAUGUAAUAUAGCCAUCUCAGACAAUAUGUACAUUUGUUUCUCUCCCCCUUUUUCUCACAUUAUUCAAAUACUUUCACAUAAUUGUGUUUUCCUGUUAACCAUUUGGCCAAGGUAUAUAUGUAUAUUCUCCAGGUUUUUCCACUGAUAGAAUACAGCAGUAUUUUAAGAGGAAUAUUCCCCAUUCUUUUCUCAAUUUGCUAUAAAACUUUUUGUCAAGAAUUAACUUAAAAGUUACACAGGGCAAAAUGAUCCCUUCUUAACUUCAUACGAAAACGUGUACCAGAUAUGUAGUGGCCAUUGUUCUCAGCCUCUGUAUUCUUAUGUAGAGAAACAAUGGCCUUCUAGACAAGGUGUGGUGAAUUCCUUUAUGCUCCCCAAAUUAACAUGAGCCUAGCUUCAGGUGCUGUUUUCCUUGGAGGUAAUCUGUUACCUAGUAUAAAUUUUUUAAUCUCUUGAUUUUUUUUUCCUCCUGAAUUUUUUCCUUAUGUUUCUGUUCACCCUUAGUUUUUUAACCAGCAGUAUGAGCAGGGGAUUUCAUUCAGAGACGUGUGUUUUGCUCUUUCCUUCCUCUUGCCCAGACUGCCCAUAUCACAGCAUUUGAACAUGAAAUUGGUGCUCCUCUACUGUCACCUUCCCUUUCCACAAAAAGGAUGGUUAGUUACCUUUUCCACACAGCUGCCAGUACAUUCUGGAUUCCUCACGCAGGCUAGGAAACAGAGGAUUUUGAAGAGAGGUUAGUAUUGAAAAGGCCUGUAUGGAGAAGAGCACUUCUUCCACUCCAGCUCCAUGUUAUUUGGUGGAAGGACAAUCUGUGCCCACAAAGUCAUUCACUGGAACCAGAGAUAAUGUAGGAUGCUGAAGCUGUGGAAGUGAUUCUGAUUCUUCCUAAAUCCUUGGGGUUCUGCAUAAGUGAGGUUUGAAGUUUCCUGACAAAAAAACUUCUUUCUCGGUAGUUGAAAAGUCUCAGUGGAAUCCUUUCACAGCUUCUUCAAAUGAAAGUUCUUACCUUGACAAACAGCCUAUCCUGACAUCUAUUCUACUUCUUUCGAUACCCAGGCUUCUCUAUCACCAGAGCAAGGGAACUUGCUACUUGUCACAGGUCCUCUCUCUGAAGCUCCUUCCUGCAAUGCAGAGAUGUGUUUAGGCAGAGCUGAAAACACAGCCCUCCCCAUGCACUCUCAGAGCAGCGAUCCUUACAGAGCAGGUGCAACCUCGCAUGGCUGAACUCAGCACUCAGAUUUUGAACUAUUGCUACUCAGGGUUGCAAUAUUCCCAUUACAGCCCUGUGACCAGAGAAAGAGGGAUGGCUCAGGGCUGCCUUUUUCUGGGCAUAAAGUGCAGCUGAGGAUGUUGUGCUGAAUUUUGUGUAACGAGCAUUCAUUUCUGUGUGUUUCCAACACCACAUUUUAUAGUUUCCCAAGGAUUUGUAUGAUUGCAUAGGUGUUUUUCAAUGAUCUUUUGCAGGUAUUUUUUUUUCUUCUGGUUGUAGUUACAGUGGCUUUUAUGAGUCUUUUUUCUUCUUCCCCACUUGCAUUAUGAUGUUCCUGUUUUGUUCUGAAUCUCUGUGGUUACAGUCUGUACAGCCACACAUUCAUGUAGUAUCUUUUCAGGUGUAUUUCUCAUUAUGACAUUGAAAUGAUAAACUGCUACACAUUUGUAUUUUGCUACUCUGUGGGUAGAGGAAUUACAUGUAAAUCUUAAAAUAACAUCUAAACAUUUUUUUUCCCAGACAAGUCCCACACAAGUAGUCCUGUUAUUUCAUAUUUUGAGCUAGCCUGCUGUUUUCAAAGUUUGAUGCACCUUAGUUGGUUUCAUAAGAUUUAAUGUGGAAACCUGUCUUUCCACAUUAUUAUUUUGUUUCUUCUCAAGACAGUUGACUGUAUCUUCACACAUCUUCACUCUUCCUUGAUUUUUUACAUUUGAUAAAAAGGAAGAUGACUAUUCUAUACUUCUUCUACUCUGCCAUCUAUAAGAAUAGGAUAAUAUGUUUUCCAGUGAAAGCAAGCAGUGGUCUCUGUUUCUGGUAUCACAGACUGACUUCUGUACUGAUGAUCAGCUUAAUUCUCUGGUAUCUAAAUAAGGUGCACAUAGAAAUCUGAACAGAUUGCUGGACCUAAAAGUAGAGCUAUAAAAUAGAAAUGUACUAGCUGUGGCUCUGAAAACUUUACUGUUCUGAUGGUGAAGGGAUUAGGCAUCUGACAACAUCAUCAGUCAUGUUAAUAAUAAAUUAAAAACUUGCAGAGUCAAAAAGAAAAAAAAAGGGCUGGUUUUCAGAAUGAGGCAAAGUUAAGACAGCUUUUAGCUGUCCCAAGCAGUAACACUGUCACACAUGUCAAACAAUUUCCCCUCAUGGUCUUCACUUGUCUCUCCUCUGAGACUCUGGACACCUCUAUCAUAGCAUUCACAAGUGCCUGACAAUAAGAAACGUAGCUACUUUCGAGUAGGAAUCCCGCCAGAGUUAUUAGACCUUAGACUUUGUAAAACUGAAGUUGGACAGUUUUCCAAGACUACAUUAUCCAGACAUACAUGCACACACACUCUGGAAAAUCACAUGAAAUCUGUCCAGCACACAGUUUG